UGGGCCUAAAAUUGAGCCCAAAUAACAAGUUAAAUACACCUCAAUUUGUAAUUAAAUUGGGGGAAUUUACUUCCCAUCAGGCACGGUUCAUGAUUUAGGGUUUUUCUAAUUUUAGAAUUUCUCACUUCGGCCAAUCCCGCUGGGCUGCUAUCUUGCGACAUUCUUUCAUUUUCUUUCUCCUGUGAAUAUAUAUCCCAAACAACCUUGUUUGAUCAACAAAUACUCCAAAUUAUUAUUGUAAUAAAACAGAGCUCGGAAAAUCUACAAUGGUGGAAUCGGCGACAGAGAUAAAGAAGAAGACAAAUUUACCUGCCAUACCAUGGAUGAGAGACCCAGUAGACAUUAACCUAUCCGAGCCAUGUCCCUUGGAUUCGCUUCCUUUUCUUGACCCAAGACUAAAGAUGGCUCUGCUGCAUAAUUCGGAUAUCAAGGAUAUGGCAUCGUUGUUUCCUGUACAAGUAGCAGUUUGGCACGAAACGAUCGGGCCGGGUUCUUUUGACAGAGAUCUUUGCAUAAACUCUCCUACAGGGAGUGGGAAGACUCUUUCUUAUGUGUUACCCAUUGUGCAAAUGCUAUCUACUCGUGUAACUAAGUGUCUUCGAGCUCUCGUGGUGUUGCCCACUCGUGAUUUGGCCGUGCAGGUCAAGGAAGUAUUUGACUAUUUGGCCCCUGCUGUCGGUUUGUCAGUGGGUUUAGCGGUUGGUCAAUCUUCGAUGGCCGAUGACAUUUCAAUGCUCAUCAAGAAACCCGAACUAAAGAGUAGCAUCUUUUACGACCCUGAAUAUGUUCGUCCGGAGCCAACAAGUGCAGUGGACAUACUUAUAGCAACACCAGGAAGGUUGAUGGAUCACAUCGACAAUACCGAUGGUUUCACACUCGAACAUCUCCAAUUUCUUGUUGUCGAUGAAACAGAUCGUUUAUUAAGGGAAUCGUAUCAAUCUUGGCUACCUACUGUUCUUCAAUCGGUGUACUCUAAUAAUCGAAAUCAGUUUCCUUUUGCCGACAACAUUAUUCUUCCUAAAUUCGGUUCACUGAAGACCAUAAGGAGUUUCGGCGUUGACAGAGGGUUUAAGGGUAAGCCGCACCCGAGACUCGUAAAGAUGGUUUUAUCGGCCACGUUAACUAAAGAUCCAAGUAAGAUUGCACAGCUUAAUCUUCACCAUCCUUUUCUCUUAACCACCGUGCAAAAGCGAGACGAGCCUCCUAAAAGAUAUUAUCUUCCGGAACAGCUGAAAUCCUUUAAAGUGGUGUGCAAAUCGAAGCUCAAACCACUUUAUCUACUUGCGCUUUUGGAAAGUUUGAAAUGGGAGAAAUGUAUUGUUUUCACAUCGUCUGUUGAGUCAACUCACAGGCUGUGUACUUUAUUGAAUUUCUUUGAUGGCCUCCAAAUUAAGUUUGAACAGUACUCCCGCUCUCAACCCCAGGCCAUAAGAAGUAAGACGUUGAGGGCAUUUAGAGCAGGAAGAAUACAAGUACUUAUUUGCUCCGAUUUAAUAUCUCGAGGGAUGGAUGUUAAAGGGGUUAAAAUCGUAAUAAAUUACGAUAUGCCUGCAUUUACUAAGACCUAUGUUCAUCGAGCUGGUCGAACUGCAAGAGCAGGGCAAGUUGGAAGCUGCUUCACGCUUCUGCGCAACGACGAGGUUAAGAAAUUCAAAAAGCUGUUACAGAAAGCUGGAAAUGAAUCAUGUCCCGAUUAUUGCGUUCCAUCCGAAUCUGUAGAGUCAUUUCGUCUUACUUACAAUACAGCUUUGGAGAGAUUGAAAGAGAGUAUUGAAUCGGGGAAAAUACAGAGAAGGCAAGGCGGAAAGAAAGAGAAAAAAGCGCUUGAAGAAACUGCAUGAUGUUUUUUUAACAUUUUUUCCCAUAUAAUUUUUUUUUCUUCGUUUUUUAGUUCUAACAGAUGAAAUGGCUGAAUCUCCAUUUUUCCACUGUCAGUUGAUUUGCAAGUUUUUGCUAAUUGACUGCGUAAUCUUGCCGGAAUUAUGUGGAGAAAAAUAGAGAUAUUGUUAUGUUUCAUUUUUGGUUCUACUAAUUUAUAAUUUAAAGCGGUUUGCUUCCAUUUACAAGUAUAUAUAUAACUUGCUUAUUUA